AUGCUCUUCUCUGUGACCCUUCAUCACCUCCUUCUGGCAGGGGUUUGUCUCUGCGUCUACAGCACCCCAGUCCUGCCCCUCCACGACUAUGCACCUUCCUCACAGGACAGUGGCUGUGAUGGACAAGCUGGAGAGCUAAUGGAGGGAGAGCCCUGUUUAACACCAGCAACUCCUGUCAGUGUCAUAUCAACAAGUGUCCAAUCUGGGCCCUCUGAUCCUGGCAGACUGUCCUAUGGGAUGGCAGAACACAUGACUGGCAGCUGGACUGACCUAUCAGAGAAUGUAGGAGCAGGGGGAGGCACUGGCCCAGAUGUGGGCGGAAGCGAACCAGGGGGGAUAGAGCCAGUGACGCAGGUAGGAAACGGGGACAGUCAUGGACGAGGAGUGGCUGGGGCUGAGAGCCAGGGGAGGGAGGCAAAGACGGGGGCUGCCUCUGAGAGCUUGUCUGAGGGGAAGGAGACUCACAGACAGCCUCAAGAAGCUCCAGAACUCUACACAGACAAAGAGGUGAGAGUAGGGCCCGAAGAGAAAACCAUGGAGAGUGUACCUAUUACCACCACUGGGGCCAUGUUGGCUUCCAUAGGAGAGAAGCAGGGGAUGACAGUGGCCGUGAAUACAUCCAGAGCUGCUAUACAUGAUGCCUCCACAGCAGCCAGAGCCCCAGAGCCAGACAGUCAGACAGGGACACACCCAGCUGGGGAGAGGAGAGACCUCAUCCUAGAAGAGAGGCCAGACCUCCAUGGUGGAGAGGAGGAGGAACUCAGACAGAGCUUGUCCAACCUCGGAGCUCCUCUUCUGGGCCAGGAGACAGAGACGAGCAGACCGAGCUCCUCAUCUCCCCAUAGCAUCCUUACACACUCCCCUUUGACCUCCAUCCCUCCGUCAGUAUGGGGAUCUAGAGGAGAAGCUUCAUUGCUGCCCCCUAGUGGUCUAGAGGCCACCGCCCCUGCCACUCCACGGCCCCAAGAUGGAGAGACAGCGCCUGCUCUCCCAAACCCCCUCCUGGCCAACCUUGGACCGGCCCUGACAGGAUCCUCCAGACAGGAUGACCCUGACAGCCUCUGGACUGAACCACUGCAGCGAAAUGGGGGUGAGUAUGCAGUAUGCUAUGGUCCAAUUAGUACAUACUGGAUAUUUUAGAGAGCCACUGGGGGCCACCUGGAGUUAAUCUACUCUAUAGUUGCACUUGAGGGCCACAUUCUCUUUUGAGUUUUUGCACAUUCACACACAAACAGACUUGCUCUGCCUCACAACAAGGUAAGGUGCUGCUCUGGCUGUUAUUGAGUCACACCAUAGAAUUUCAUUACACGGGUUCCGUGGCAGGGAACCUUAUUUUUCUGCCUGUCUGCUUUGAUGAUAGGGGUGAAGGGGGAGAGGUGUCCGCUUGGUUUUCCACGCUUCACUUUGAACCCUAGCACGCAGGGACCCAGGGAAGCAGUCAAAUUACUUUCUAUUUCUGACUGUGGAAAUGAACCCAAACGACUGCCAGCAGACAGCAGUGACAGGGACUGUAAUACAAGUCUCUGGGGGAUUCACUCACCCUCCAUCUCUAUCUCUCUCUCUCUCUCGCUCCCUCACAAAACAUCCAUAUUUCUUCCUUUCCUUCCUUCUCUCUCUGUGCUUCUCCCUCACCCUCUUGCUCUAUCCCUUUCUCUCUUUCCCUCCCUCCCUCAGAGAGGAUCAGUAAACACCUAGGCAGGGCCAGCCAGGCAGGUUAUUACUGUGUGAUGCAGUAGACUAGAGGAUUGGAGGAGUCUGUCUGAGCCAAUAUGUACUGUACAUGCCGGAAAGAGAUGAACCUUCAUCAGCUCUAUAGAAAAGCAGGUGAGUAAAACGAAAGUUACUGUAUAAGAAUAACCUGUCCCAGAAAGCUGCACUGAUCAUAAACACUUGAACAUCAUAUGGUGGAUUCUAUCCAUGGUUAUGUUAUGUGAUAUGGGAUUUAUGCAUUUUUCAAUUUGUGGUAAGAGCAGUUAGAACCUACAGUAGUUGAGAACUGGAAGCAGAGUUGUGGGCCUAAAACUGAUCUACAAUCAACAGUACACAUUCCACAAUGUUUCUAGCCACAAGCUGAUCUCUAGCAGUCACUAAACCAGGAGGAAUUGCCUACGGACCAUCAGUGAGUCCUGACCAAACAUCUGUUGGUGUGUGUGUGUGUGUAUGUGUGUAUUUUACUAACAGCCAUGGACGCCAGUGCCCCUCCCUUGCAGGACGCGGCCACAGAAGGCACAAUGUCCUCGGAGGACCUCCCUCUCAUCUUCGAGCCCUUUGAUGAUGUCACACCUGAAGGGGCGGGGGUAGCAGCGGCCACUCUCUCGCCCGGCAACUCACAGCUGUCUGUCGCCAUGGUUACCACAGGGAUGCUGCUGUCAGAGGCGGCGCUCGACCAGGUGGUCGCUGUGGAUACAGAUGACACAGGGCCAUCCUGUGUCCCGUCCCCGGUGCUACCAGAUUGGACGUCGCCAUGGCAGACAUCCGGGGCUGAGAUCUCUGAGCCUAUCAGCCCCUCUAGUUCACCCAUAGACCCGCCCCCUCCAGAGACUGAACAGCCAGUAGACCAGUCUGACACAGGUGAGACUUCUUCCAUCUUUAUAUUCCUCUUCAUUCUUUAAUUAGUCUCUUCAUCUUUUCACCGUUCAGAUCUAGAAGUUCCUAGAAUAGUGUCUAAAGCAGGGGUAGGCAACUAAUAAUUUGACCACAACUAAGCCCAAAAAGAGAUUGUAUUUGAAAAUAACAAUCAUUUCAUAACUUAAUUACAUUGAGACAUGAUCACGUCUAUUCUUUUUGGGGGAAUACUUGGAGACAGAUUUCCUAAAUGAAACAACAUUUUAGCUGAAUUCCUGGUGUUCUUAGCCUUAUAUUUUUUUUACAGGGAUAGGUGUUGAUGUUAGACUUCACUAUAUCCACUAAAAUGAUCCAGUUGUGAUGGUUAUAUUUAGAUGGAGGUGAGACCAUACAGAACCCAGAGGAAACCCUGCCAACAUCCGAACCCAAUCCUAUGAGCACCACCGCCCAGCAGAUCACCACGACAACGGUCACCAAGACAACCAACCUGCCUGCUGCCAAAUCCGGUCUGGAGGAGCUGGAGUCUGCAGGUAGGAGAGUCACAUUAAUACACACACAUAAUACACACUAAUACUCAAAGGUACACAUUGUUUACACAGUGUAAGGGUUAAAGUUAAAAGUCCACAUUUACAGAAAGUUGCAUUGGUUGUUUUCCUUCCUUCCUGUAGAGGAGCCAGAGGAGGAUGAGGAGGAUGAGAACACGGAGGAGUCAGAGGAAGAGGACAGCGAAGAGGACCUGAAUGAGAACCCCAUCCCAGCCCCCACCCGACCUCCCUACAGCCUCAUCCCCCCACCCCCUGUCUGGGUGCAGCGCAAUCAGGGCCUGAGUGAGAGGAGACUCAAAAACACACAUACACACAUGUAAAACUGACUUUGGCUCUUUGUGGUCGAUCAAAUAUGAGGUACAUAUUUUCAAUUAGAAAAAGAAGUGUAAUUGAAAUAGUGGGAAAAAAUCCCUGUGUGGAUUCAAUGUGCUUCAAAGCCACUCUUCCUCUUUUUCAGUGCGUAGCUGGGUGGAACUGAUCAGAGAAAAGGUAAGACUGCCCCCUAAUGGUAUUUUCUUAAUUAGGAUCCUCAUUAGCUAAUGCUAAAGCAGCAGCUACUCUUCCUGGGGUCCACACAAAACAUAAAACAUGACAUAAUGCAUAACAUUAAUAGACAAGUACAGCACAAGGACAGAACUAUAGUACAUACUGUACAUUGAAAAUAAGAAUAGACUGCUUCAUACAUUUAUGCCUUAGCAUUCCAUGCAUCAUUCACUCAUAACGGCAAUAAUGAAGCCAUUCAUUUUCCCAUAAAUUGCGAUCCUUUGCUCUACUGUUACAACUGCUUUGUCUAAGCAGGUUCUGAUAUCCUAAUCUCACAGCAUCCUUGAAUCCUGAUAUCCUAAUCUCAGAGCACUAGUUGUUCUGUAAACACCAGAGAGAAUUUCACAACAUCAGGAACCAUCCCUGUUCUUGGUUCUUCCGUUUGACGUCAAUACCAUGCCUCAUCAUGUGAUACAUAGAUGCCACUGAAUGCAAGUGCAAAACACCAAAACGAAAAUGCAAUAAUCAUGUGGUCAUUAAUUCCUGCUCAAUUCCUGUGGUGUGAACAGAGCCACAUAUCAUAUCGUAUGGAGUUGCACCUACAGUAAAUGUCACACCCGCUAUGUUCCUCUGACGUGAACGUAGCAACCUUGAACCGUAUGGAGUUGCACCGCAUUCAGCUAAAUCCCUCUGAUGGAGCCAUACUAUCCUCAUUAUAAAAGAACUGUUAGAAAGUGUGGUCCCUCAGGCUGUUUGGCUAUUUAGUUUAGUUAGUCAAAAAACAUGUAAAACAUCUACUGAUAGAGUUGUCUCUAAGACACUACUCUUUGUCUGGUCUGUCUCUCCUGUGUGUGCCUCUCUUUCACCCUUCCCCCAAUCAUGUCCCCUCUCCCUCCAGGCAGGGUAUGUGUCUGGGAUGUUGGCCCCGGUGGGCAUUGGCAUCGCAGGGGCCCUGCUUAUCGUUGGGGCCCUCUACAGCAUCAGGAUGAUCCACCGUAAGAGGAACAGCUUCAAACACCAGAGCAGGAGGAAGGUCAGACACACUGAGGUUAAUAGGAAUACGCUUACUAGCGCUACACUUUUAAUUAAGGAUCCACACAUCAGCUUACGGUAGAAAUUGGCAUUAACAUGUAAAGUGGCUUCCUUACCUUCGUCUGCACUGAUUGGAGUUUCUUUCACAUCAGUGCAGAUGAGGGAAAGGAGAUGGAGAGGAAGAGACUUUGGACGUAUUGAGCUGUAUACAACCUUUAACUCCAUGUAAUGAAUGUUCUGACGUCUGUCUGUUUCAUCUCCAGCAACCCAGGGAGCCAAGCAGCAACGGGCAGGACCAAGCCAUGCUAUUGGCUGACAGUUCUGAGGACGAGUUCUGAUCCCGCCCACAGCCCUGU